GUGUUUGUAAACCGGAGCUUGCAUCUAGAAAAGAUCCAGUUCUUUGGCUUUGACAUGGAUUAUACAUUGGCUCAGUAUAAGAACCCAGAAUAUGAAGCUCUGCAGUUUAGACUAAUUGUUGAUAGAUUAGUUUUUACUGGAUAUCCAUCACAGAUUAAGGAUUUUGAAUAUGAUCCAGCUUUUCCUAUAAGAGGACUUUGGUUCGAUACUAUGUAUGGAAAUCUUCUAAAAGUGGAUGCAUAUGGAAACAUUUUAGUCUGCUAUCAUGGAUUCAGAUUUUUGAAAACGUCUGAAAUUUAUAAUUUGUAUCCUAAUAAAUUCAUUCAGCACCAUGAAUCUCGCAUAUAUAUACUGAACACUCUUUUCAAUUUGCCAGAAGCUUAUCUAUUAGCUUGCUUGAUUGACUACUUCACAAAUUCGACAGAGUACAUUCCGGGUAAAAAUGGCAUUAAAAAUGGGAACAUUUUCAUGUCUUACAAAUCUAUUUUUGAAGAUGUUAGGGAUGCGAUUGACUGGGUCCAUAUGAGGGGCAACUUAAAAGAAGAAACAAUCAACAAUUUAUCAAAAUAUGUAGCUCGUGAUGAGCGUCUUCCUAUGUUGUUUAAUAGAAUGCAUGAAGUUGGCAAGAAAACAUUUCUUCUAACGAAUUCGGACUAUGGCUACACUACGAAAAUAAUGUCUUAUCUUUUUGACUUUCCUUCUCAGGAAAAACGAGAUUGGAAAGAAUACUUUGAUUACAUAUUAGUUGAUGCACGAAAACCAGUUUUUUUCAGUGGUGGAACAACUUUACGGCAAGUUAAUACAGAAACUGGUGCUUUGAGAAUUGGGAUUCAUGUGGGCCCUCUAACACCAGGCCAAGUAUAUUCUGGAGGAAAUUCUGAUGUGUUUACUACUCUCAUUGGAGCCAAUGGAAAAGAUGUGUUAUAUGUGGGUGAUCAUAUUUAUGGAGACAUCUUAAAAUCAAAGAAAACUCGUGGUUGGCGAACAUUUUUGGUUGUUCCUGAACUUUCACGUGAAGUGCAUGUGUGGACAAGUAAAUGCCAACUUUUCAACAGAUUACAAGAUUUAGAUGUUCAACUAGGUGAUACCUACAAAGAAAUGGAUAGCAGUUGCAAGGAUGCACCUGAUAUCAGCCAGUUGCGAACAGCUAUAAGAGAAGUAUCUCAUGAGCUUGAUAUGUCAUAUGGUAUCUUAGGCAGUACUUUCAGAAGUGGUUCAAGGCAGACUUUUUUUGCUAAUCAGAUCUGCCAUUAUGCUGAUUUAUAUGCAUGCACAUUCUUAAAUUUGAUGUAUUACCCUUUUAGUUACAUGUUUAGAGCACCUCCAAUGUUGAUGCCUCAUGAGUCAACUGUUGAACACGAAGAAAAAUCUUUCUUUUCUAAUAGUGAAGUUGAUGAGUUAGAAGAGGAUUUAUCUCAAGAACCCAUUAGAAGACGAUCUAGGCUUGAGAAUAGUGAAAGUUCUGUUCCGCAUUUAUAUGCUGAAACUCCAAAUGUUGUUACUCAUCAUCAUGAUACUGAUGAUGAUGAGGAUACAGAUAAAUCUGCUGAAAAUUAAUGCUUUUGUUAUAGUAAACCAUUUUUGAAGCAUUUAUAGAUGACUACAUCUUUUUUUUUAUUCCUUUGCUUUUUUUAUAUUUAAAGUAAGCUUACUGGCAACCUGAUCAUUAACUUUCCUUUAUUUAACAUUAGUUGUCCUUUAUUUAACAUUAGUUGUUUCAUUUUGAAAAAAAUUAUUCAGGGUUAAAUAUUACUUUUCAUUAAUUAUCUUCAUUAUGUAUUCAUUUGGACAUUGAAUUAUGUGUAUUUAAUAUUCUGAGUGCUGCCAAUUGAUAUUUGAACAAUAAUGCAUUUUUUUUUUUUUAGUGUUUUAGAUGCUUAUCACAUUUUUAGAUGAAAUAGUCAAAAUUUUACUACUUUUGGUUAAUGUUGCUUUUGUGAUAAGUUUUUGCUUUUAAUGUUAUUAUUUAUUAUUUUCUCAAUAGAAUAUUAAUUUUGAAGUAGUUCCGAUUUUUUAAAAUGUAAGUUUUGCCAGUUUUUUUUAGUAACGUGUUAAACGAAAAUUACUCGUAUAAGACCAUUAACUUGCAGUUAAAAGGAAUGCUUUUAUCUACUAAAGCAAUUGUAUUUAAUUUCUGAAUAAAUUCGUAUACUACUCAUCAUCAUGAUACUGAUGAUAAGUAGGAUACAUACAAAUCUGAAAAUUAUAAGAAUUUUUUAAUAACAAAACAUUUUUGCAGUUUUUGUAGUUAACUAUACCUUUUUGUGAAUAUCUUGCUAUGUUUUGUAUUUAUAAAUAUGUUUGCUGGUAAUUUGAAUUAUAUUUGACAGUGAAAUUAGUUGUUUCUCUUUUACAUUGAAAGAAUUAUUCAGGGUUAAAUAUUGUUGCUCAUUAGUUAUCUUUAUUUUCUCUUCAUCUAGAUAUUGAAUUAUGUAUGUGUAAUAAAUAAUUCAGUAUCCAAAUUAUGUUAUACUCUUAAGAAGUAGUGUUUGCCAGAGAAAUAAUAGUUUUCUGUUUGAUGCUUAUCACAUUUUUUGAUAAAAUACUAAAAAUUUUAUUUUUGUUAUGUUGCUUUUGUAGUGAGUUUUUGCCUUUUUUUAAAAAAUUAUCACAAUAUUUGAAUAUCAUUCUUGAAGUAAUAUCAAUUUUUUAAAUGCAAAUUCAUGUAUUUAUCUGUAACACAUUGUCAAUUACUAAAACAUGAACAUUCAGUUGUAAUUAAGAAUUCUUUAAUGCUAUGAAUGCAAUUUAAUUUUUAAGUAAAUUGAUAUACUUGGUAUUUUAAGGUCAUAUUUUCUUUAAUUUUAUAUUAAAUUUUUUAAAGUUUGUUUCGCACAUAUCAUACAUAGUUCAGUUAGUUGCUAACUAUGCAUUAAAUUAAUAAAUUCUAAAUUGUAAAUUUAAUAAAUUCUACCUUCUGAAUCUCUUGGACUUCUUUUUUUGAGCAUUGAAGAAAUGUUUAUGAAGAAAUAACAUUCAUAGUUUCCCGUUAGAGUAUUUAUUCAAAAGAGAAAAUACUUAAUGUUGGUACUUAAACCCUCAGAGUUACUGUGGUUUAUGCAAAACUUCUAGUUAUAAACAUUUUUUGUAUAUCAAAUGUUUUAGUAUUAAAAACUUCUUCUGCAUUGA